GUUGUAUUGACAGUAGUGUCCAGGAGCAGACUGAAGGGACAUCAGCAGCUCAGCAGGACAGACGAUAUUUAUCACAAACAAAUCACACUACCACCGGGACUACAGCCGUUAACGAUGGAUAAACGAUAGUUAACGGUGUUUAAUGAUGUUUUACGGUGUAUCUGUGUAUAGUUUUUAAGGGUAAAGCGGUAGAGUUUAGCUCACUUUAGCAGAAUUGUUUCUUCCAGCGGGAGGAAGUUUAAGAGGAAACCCGGAGAGAGCCGAACUCGGCCGAACUCUCCCGAACUCCCCCGAACAUGGAGGAGUCCGGCUCGGCCCUGGAGAAGAACGUCGCUGACCUCACGGUGAUGGAUGUGUACGACAUCGCCGCGGUGGUCGGCCAGGAGUUCGAGCGGAUCAUCGACCAGUACGGCUGCGAGGCUCUGUCCAGGCUCAUGCCCAAAGUGGUGCGGGUCCUGGAGAUCCUGGAGGUGAUGGUGAGCCGCAACAGCAUCGGCCCGGAGACCGAGGAGCUGCGGCUGGAGCUGGACAAGCUGCGGCUGGAGAGGAUGGAGAGGAUGGAGAAGGACAAGAAGCACAGAAAGGAGCUGGAGCUGGUAGAGGACGUCUGGAGAGGAGAAGCUCAGGACCUGCUCACCCAGAUCGCUCAGCUGCAGGAGGAGAACAAGAGUCUCCUCACCAACAUGUCCAUCAAAGACCCCAUGAGUGAGGAGGACCUGCAGAGACACGAGGGUAUGACGGAGCGAGAGAGGCAGGUGAUGAAGAAGCUUAAAGAAGUGGUGGACAAGCAGAGAGACGAGAUUCGAGCCAAGGAUCGUGAUAUCACACUGAAAAACGAGGACAUAGAAGCACUCCAGCAGCAGCAGUCUCGCCUCAUGAAAAUCAACCACGACCUGCGGCAUAAGAUCUCCGUUGUGGAGGCUCAAGGGAAAGCACUGAUAGAACAGAAGGUGGAACUGGAGGCCGGGGCUCAGGCGCGGGGGCAGGAAGUCGGUGCCCUUCGGCAGGAAGUUGUACGCUUAAGGGAACGACUUCAGGGAGACCUGCCAGCCCAGAACCCUGAGGAACCCCCAGCUCAGCCCCCGUCACCUGCAGAGCGUGGUAAAGCUGCUACGGUGGUGGUGGUGGGUGCUGAGGGCUGGUCAGACAGACCUGACCCCUCUGAGCUGAUGUUGGGGGGGAUUGACCCCUCACCGCGCCCCUCGCCCGGUUCCCUCAGCCCAGAGGGACACGAGGAUGAGGAUGAGGAGGCUGAGGAGGAGGCGGUGUUGCUUUGGGAGGCGAUGUGCGAUGACGACAUGCCUGCUGUGUUCCAAUAUUUUACAAAGGAGGCGCUGUGCGAGGACGAGACGGGAGGCCUGGACCCGAAGGACCCCAACCGGCCGCGGUUCACCCUGCAGGAGCUGAGGGACGUCCUCCACGAGAGGAACGAGCUCAAGGCCAAAGUCUUCAUGCUGCAGGAGGAGCUGGCCUACUACAAAAGUGAUGAGACAGACGAUGACCUCGUCACUCCUUCUCCGUCUCCUUCACCUGAACUGAGGACUCGCUCCCGUUCUUCUGCCCAGCCAGAGUCAGGAAUCAAACGCCUGUUUAGUUUCUUCUCCCGUGACAAGCAGCGGAACUUGCAGCGGAGCGGCCAGUUCGACGCCGGCCUCGGCUCGUGGACGGGAAAGGACGAGGUGUACACGGAACAAGCCCAGGAGGCGUUACAGCACAUGUAGAGUACGCCGGACUGGACGAACUCCAGAACUCUUUAACACUCCCAUGUCCAUCACUCGAGGCCGGCUUGUGAAGCGUUCAAUUUGCACACCAAAACUCACCACUAGUGACUCGCUGCGACUGAAAGUAUCACAGGCUCUUGAGGUGAGACAGAAAGAAGAAAACUCAAGAUUAGAUAGUUUAUUUAAACAUCUGAGAAUACAGUAUAUAUAUAUGUAUAUCUCAGAGAGUGAUGGCACAUACAGACUUUAAAAAUGCUAGAGAUCAUGUUGGAGGAGAAGGUAAACUCAAGUUGAAGGAUGGAAAGUGGAAAGUUGGAUAAUGAAACGUUCAGUGGGUGAAAAUGACGACACAAAUUUCUCCUCCUGGUUCACGUGAGCAGCUCGCAGGUCAUCACCAGCACUUUCAGCAGAUUCACACGACGCAGCUCUAAAAACUCUUUGAGGCUUUGUGUAAAAAAUGUUGCAUAGAAUCACAAUUUAAAAGAUGUGUACAGAAAAAUAUAUAUAUGAUGCUUUUUAUUUAUAAUAUACAUCAAGAAACAUGCAGUAUGGAAGACCAUUUCUGCCAAGAAAAGAAAAAAAAAAAUUACUAACUUAAUUUUGUUGCAAUUUUGAUUUAACAAAACUGAGUUACUAACUUAAAAUUAUGAAAUAAUAUUGACUCAGUAUGUCAUUAUAGUUAAUAACAAUUUCAAUACGCAUCGUAAUAUGGACUUAAUAGCUCAUAAUUUUGACUUAAUAGCUCACAAUUUUGAUUUACUAGCUCAUAAUUUUUACUUAAUAGCUCAUCAUUUUGACUUAAUAGCUCGUAAUUUUGACUCAAAAGCUCAUAAUAUCGACUUAUUAUCUCAUCAUUUAUACUUAUUAGCUAAUCAUUUUGACUUACAGCUAGGGUGAGUAAAUAAAUAAAAAUGCUCUGAAAACAUAAUGUGGUGUCUUGCUGCUGCAGGACUGUAAUAAUCCCGUCUGAUCAUUUCAUUCAGACAGGCUACCUACCUACAGUACCUACCUGUCUUCCUGCGUGAAUUCAGCCCGUGCACUCUUGGCGCGUCACCGGACUCUUCCAGAAGCAGCUAGCUUGACAGCUGUGAGUACUAACAAUAGUCAUGAUCGUUAUUUACUAAUAUUGAGGGAGUGUCUUUGGAGGGAGGCUGAAGGGACGGACUGUCAGCGACCUUCUCUCUAGAUUUAGGGACAUAAUUUGACUUAAUAUGUCAUAAUUAAGUCAAAACUGUGAUGACUUCCUGAGUCAAAUUAUGAGACUAUGUUGUAAUUUAGAUUUUUGAUAAUAAUAAUAAUAGUAACUCAUAAUAGUUCUGACUUAGUAACUGUAAUUACUACUUGAGAUGCAGUGUGAAUUACUACUAAUAUCCAAUAACCGUGCCAAAGCUGUGACAUCAUGCGUAUAUUCAAACCUACAGUUACAUGAUAACAGCAAUUCCAGUUUCACCAGCUGAACCAAAGCAGGCUUUAAUACACAAACGUCCUCUUUGGUGAUUUAACAAACAGAUGCAGUAUAUUUAAAAACAAAACUCAACAGUUUGUAAUCUAUAAUCUGUGCAGGACAGAUUAUAACUAGAUUUUACAAAAGCAGCGCUGUCAGUAUUAAACUCCAGAAACAAGCUUUACCUCUUAACUUAUUUUUAAUAUAACUGAGGAGAAACAAUUUUAAUUUUCCUGUCUGUAUUUAAAUACUCUCCAGAGCACCAAAUACCGACUAGAAAGGUGUGUACACGUUGACUUGUGUUUUUAUGCAUCAUUUAUACAAGGCCUCAAAUAUACAAACAUGGUUUCAAAGCUACGCUUUCAAAAUAAAGCAGAAGAAAAUCAUGUAAAAUAAUGAAGUUACAUUUAAAUAUUCCUCAGAUUGUGUUCAGGAGACGGCUGAGAAGCUAGAAAUGAAGUUAGAAAGGUUUACAUUUUCUUUUUUUUAACUCUUGUGCCUCACAAGGGACAUUUUUGGCUUUUUUAUUUUUUAAUUUUCAAUAAUUUUGUCUGUGUUAUUAUGGCAUUAUUAAAUUAAAUUAAAUUGUUUUAAUUUAGUAAGCCUCAAUAAAAAUCCCCCCCUAUUACUUAGUACACAGAAAAUAAUUAAAUUUUUGUGUUUUAUUUUUUUAUAAAAGACAAUUUUGUAAACAAACUGGCAUUUAAAUGGUUAAAUCUCUGAAAAAUUAUUGAAUAUUUGGUUAAAAUAAUAUAUAUUAUUUUUACAGGUGAUAUUUUUUGUCUUCUAUGAUAACGGGUGGGAGUUUUCUUUUUAUCUGACACUGCACAAAACAAUAAAAAUGCAUCAAAACAAAUGCCCCCCAGCAUUUAGUACACAGAAAAUAAUUUAAUUUUUGUGUUUUCAUGGAAAUACAACAGUUGCAUUAUGUAAACAAACUGGUAUUUAAAGGGGUACAAAUUCGGAAAAUUAAUGAAUAUUUGGUAGUUAUGAUCAGGACUGAUUUAACUCAAUGAAAGUAGAAAAUAAUAUUCAUUUAUAGUAUUUUUUAUAGCAGUUUUAGGAUGGAGACAUUGUUGUCCUCUAAUGUAACAAAUGGGAGUUUUAUUUAUUUAUUUUUGUUAAAUCUGACACAGCACAAGACUUUUAGUAUGCAGGAAAUAAUUUUAUUUUUGUGUUUUUUCCUUAAAAAAACAACAGUUAUGUAAACAAACUGGCAUUUAAAGAAUUAAAAUUCUGAAAAUGAAUCAUGGUUAACAGAUUUAACUAAAUAAUAAUAAUUUGAUUGCAGUUUUUGACACAGAGCAACUUUUUUAAAAUUGAGGCACAAGGGUUAAAAAUGCUAUUCGCUGGUUGCUGCUUCUGCUUUUCCAGCUUGCCUUCAUUUUUAACACUGACUGAUGUCUUCACCCUGAGAGGAGACUGAACAGCUGUGGUUGUGAGCCGGUGUGUGUUUUAAUAGUAGAGGCACUUCUUUAUCUUUAUUUAAACUCCCAAAGGCGAGGUGGAAUAAAUGAAUGUAAAAUGACAGGAACACUACGAUGAGCUUUUUCCAUAUUCACAGGUAAAAUAAAAUAAUGAAGAGACAGAAUCACAGUCUAGAUUAUAUCUGGAAGUCAAAGGGAUGCGGACAGUUUAGACAUUAAAAGGGAAAUCUGGUCAAAACAAGACGACGCGUCCAAACACUCAGUAUUUAAGUCAGUGUUGAUCACCGUCUCUCGUGUGUUUACCUGAUUUAAAACAAGAUAUUUAAAAGCUAUAAUGAACGGAUCAGUGCUUUAUUAAAUGAGCUGGCUUUUAUUCAAACCUCAUUAAUAAAUAUUCUGUCAUGUU